UCCCUCCCACCACUCCACCCAUCCCCCGACGCCGCGACCACGGGCGCGGCUCUUCCAUCCCGCCCUUCCUUCCUCCCCGAAGCUUCGGGAGCAAUGGCGAGGCUGCUCGUGCUCCGCUCGGCGCCUUACCACCGGUCCAGCCUCUCCGCCGCUGUCUCCUCCCGCUCGGCGUCCUUCCCCCGCCUCGCCCGCCGCCACCUCCCGUCGCCCCUCCGCGUGCCCGUCCGCGCCGUCGAGUCGUCCUCGGGGGCCACCAAGCAGGGGGAGGAGGCGCCUCUGGCCGCGGGCGAGGCCCAGGAGCCGCUGCCCACGGCGCCGGCGUUCGUGGUGGAGGAGCUCGGCUGGGGCACCCAGCUCGCGGUCAAGCUCAAGAUGCUCGUCGCCCCGCCGUGGAAGCGCGUCCGCAAGGGCAGCGUCCUCACCAUGACGCUUCGGGGCGAGAUAUCCGAUCAGUUGAAGACCCGCUUCUCGUCAGGGCUCUCACUGCCGCAAAUCUGCGAGAAUUUUGAGAAGGCAGCGUAUGACCCGCGGAUAUCAGGGAUUUAUCUGCACAUAGAGCCGUUGAGCUGUGGAUGGGGAAAGGCGGAGGAAAUCAGAAGGCACAUUGUGGAUUUCAAGAAAUCUGGUAAAUUUGUUGUCGGUUACAUGCCUGUCGGAGGGGAGAAAGAAUACUACCUUGCUAGUGCAUGUGCUGAGCUGUAUGCACCGCCAAGUGCUUAUGUUGCUUUGUAUGGUCUAACCAUUCAGCAGACAUUUCUCAGAGGUGUGCUUGAGAAAGUUGGAGUACAGCCAGAAAUUCAACGAAUUGGUCGCUACAAAAGUGCUGGAGACCAACUUGGGCGGAAGAGCAUGUCAAAUGAAGUUAAGGAGAUGCUGGGUGCACUGCUUGAUAAUAUCUAUGGAAACUGGCUGGAUACAGUGUCUUCCACACAAGGGAAGAAAAAAGAAGAAAUUGAGGAAUUUGUCAACUCAGGAGUCUAUCAGGUCGAGAAACUUAAGGAAGAAGGUUGGAUAACGGAUCUAUUGUAUGAUGAUCAGGUAAUGACAAUGCUGAAAGAGAGAGUAGGACAGAAUGACAAGAAAAGCCUGCGUACGGUUGAUUACAGUAAAUAUUCAGGUGUAAGAAAAUCAACUCUUGGGAUAGGAGGAGGAGGAGACUUAAUUGCAGUAAUCAGAGCAUCUGGAAGCAUAACACGAACUCGAAGUGGCCUGAGUAUUUCUAGUUCGGGCAUUAUUGCCGAGCAAUUAAUCAAGAAGAUACGUACUGUUAGAGAGUCAGACAAGUAUAAAGCUGUUAUUCUUCGUAUAGACAGCCCUGGUGGUGAUGCUCUUGCUUCUGAUCUGAUGUGGAGGGAAAUUCGACUCCUGGCUGACUCGAAGCCUGUGAUAGCUUCCAUGUCUGAUGUUGCUGCAAGUGGUGGAUACUACAUGGCAAUGGCUGCACCAGUUAUUGUUGCUGAGAAACUUACUCUGACAGGAUCAAUUGGAGUUGUUACAGGUGAUCCUUGUUACCUUCUAUUCAUUCUUGCUAAGACUAGAACAAGUUCCACAGUGCGAAUUCUAUGUUCUCUUCCAACAAUCUCAACUUUGAGCUUACAUCUAUUCUACUCUAUCUUAGUUUGGAUAGUGAAUUUGAUUGUCGUGAGUGUUUGUUUCUUAUCUUACUAUUUCUGUAUUGGACUAACAGGAAAAUUUAUCCUUCAAAAGCUGUAUGAGAGGAUUGACUUCCAUAAAGAAAUUCUAUCUAGGGGUAGAUAUGCAGAGCUUAAUGCAGCUGAUCAACGCCCUUUAAGACCAGACGAGGCAGAACUUUUUGAGAAGUCGGCGCAAAAUGCUUACGCAUCGUUUCGAGAUAAAGCAGCCAUGUCACGCUCAAUGAGUAUUGACCAGAUGGAGAAUUUUGCACAAGGUCGAGUUUGGAGUGGCCAAGAUGCAGCUUCAAGAGGGUUGGUUGAUUCGCUAGGUGGAUUCUCACAAGCGCUUGCUAUUGCAAAACAGAGAGCUAAGAUACCACAGGAUAAGAAGGUCCGGCUAGUUGAGAUCUCAAAGGCCUCGCCGACGCUACCGGAGAUCUUGUCAGGUAUUGGGGGUUCAAUUCUUGGAGUUGACAGGGUCGUGAAGGGGGUGCUGCAGGACGUCACCUCCUUAAAUGGAGUCCAAGCUAGAAUGGAUGGCAUCUUGUUUGAAAGACUGGAAAACAUGCCAGGAGAAAAUCAGCUCUUCUUGCUGGUAAAGGAAAUCACAAAUUAUUUCGGUUGAUCACCGGUAAAUAGCCAAAGUUCUACGAAAAGCUGUAGAUAGGAGAACACAGAAGUAACAUGGCAAUAGACACCCACCCUACCUAAAUUCAGGUAGAAUACAAUACAUUUGGUACUGAGUCAUGCUUGUAUCGAUGCAUAUGCAAGCGUUGUAACCUGUAACCGCCAUACUGAAAAUGCGAGAAAUGUCAGUUCUCGUGUUUGCUUUA